AUGCCUCAUCUGUACCAAGAUUGUGUAUACGGAAUACGUGGUACCACAACUGACGUGAAUAAAAAACUGGAUUUGAUGGAAUAUAGGGAAGAGAAUUUGCUCCCUCUGCCAGCUGGAGCGAGUGCCGCUUUGGUCAAACCUACCAAAUAUCACUACUACCCUCACAAUCAACACAUAUAUCUGCUUCCAGAAUGUGCCAUACAACAGAGGGCGUUAACCUUGGUGAAAACAUGUGAACCAACUGCUGAAAUGAGGUUGUGCAGAUCACCAAGAGAUUGGUCUUUAUUAGCACUUCAGAACAUCCGUAGCGGCAAAUCUCACUAUCUUGUAAUAUGUAGAUGUCCAGAAACGAGCAUCCUAGAGGGUCCUAUGUCUCACGAUCAGCCCACCUAUGCCAGCGUACCGGGAAUCAGAGUAUAUGGGAUGAUGUGCGUGGACGGCAGAAGAGACAGGCAAUCAAGGAUAUCCAAGAGUAUGGAUAAACCUCAGUUUCCCUGGGAUAAGGCCGUGGAACUAGCCAGGAGUGCUAUAUGGGACUAA